UAGGUUAUAUCACACUUUUACUAUUCUUAAGUUGGCAAUCCAUGUUUUUAAACAUUAGUUUUCAACUGUUUCAAACACAGGAAAAGUGAGUUUCUUUGACAGUAUCUAAGGAGUUUUUCCGUAAUAUUGUGGAAUAUUUUUAUAAAAAUGUCUGAAAUUAAUGAAGAACGCUUGCUGGCUGACGAAAAUGAAGCGGAAUGUUUUGGUAUCAGUUCAACAGAACUAGUUGAAGAUACCAGAACAAUGAUGUUCAAUGUAAUGCAGCGGGUAUUUAAUGAUAUAUCAGAAGAACUAAAAUCUUUUGACCAAAUUGAUGAGGAAAAAAGGUCACAAUUAUCUAAAAAUUUUCAAGAAUUUUUUAUGGAUAAGUUAACUAAUCCAUUUAAAAAAAUGGAGACUGAGAUUCGAAACUUCAUGGCAAUUCCUGAAUAUAAGUCAGAAGUUGGAAGUAACACAGAAAUUACAGAAAAUAAUUUGAAGGAUUUAGAAAAAGAAAAUAAUUUGCUUGUAAAAGAAUAUAUUAAUUGCAAACUUAUGAAAAAGAAAUGUGAAGAAAAAUUGAAUGAAUAUAAUUCACUUGAGGAGACUUACCAGAAAGUAGAAAAUCUAAUUGACAAUUAUAAAUCUCAUGAAAGUGAGUAUGCAGAAAAUAAAAAGAAGAUGGACACAUUUUUAAAGAAACAACAAGAAUUCUUGGCUUAUUAUUUUAAAGAUGCUGAUAAUGAAAGUAAACUCUCAUUUGCUCAAUCAAAUUUUAAGAGUACAAAUUAGAGUUUAUAAAUAAUUAAAUUAAUGUUACCACUUUAUAAGGCAAAUUGUAUUAUGUCCUAGAAAAUUUCAUGUUUUAUAUUAUUAUUUUAUUUUGUUCAAUUGUUAAUAAUUGUGGAUUCAAAUAAAUUUAUUUUGUAUAUAA